UUGGCUUAAUUUCAGCAUGAACUUAAGAAACUUCAUCGACAUUUGGAGUUUGAUAAUAUUCUUCCUAUUUUUGGCAAAUACAAGAGUAAUUUUUGCUCAACGUUACAUUACGUGGGAUGAUAUUAAAGUGGAUUAUAAUUCCUUAGAUUUGACAAAUGAAAGAUCACGCAAGUCUCAGGGAGUGAUCGUAGUUGAUCAGCAUGGUAAUGGAGACUCUAUUACAGCUCAAGGUGCAGUUGACAUGGUCCCUCUCCAUAAUUCUCAAAGGGUUAGAAUUUUCAUACGUCCCGGAACGUACAGAGACAAGGACAAAAAUGGGAAUGUGUUGGGCACUUACAAUACAGCCACAGUUGCCGUUGAAUCAGAUUACUUUUGUGCAACUGGUAUCACCAUUGAGAACACUGUGGUCGCGUUGCCUCAAUACAAUGACAUGCAAGCAGUGGCAUUAAGAUUAGCAGGAGAGAGAGCAAUGUUGUACAAAGUUAGGAUGUUGGGAUCACAGGACACCCUUUUAGAUGAGUCUGGUUCUCACUAUUUUUACAAAUGUUACAUUCAAGGAUCUGUUGAAUUCAUCUGUGGCAAUGCUAGAUCACUAUAUCAGGGUUGUGAUCUUUAUUCUGUAGCCGAAGACAAUAUAGGAAUAUCCGGAGCAAUUGCAGCACACCAAAGAAACUCAGCUGAUGAAGAUACUGGAUUUUCAUUUGUUGACUGUAAAAUCAGUGGAAGUGGCAGUAUCCUUUUAGGCAGAGCGUGGGGAGAAUAUUCACGGAUUAUAUACUCAAAUUGCUAUUUUGAUAGGCUUAUAUCUCCAGAGGGAUGGUUUGAUUGGAACCAAUUAUCUAGACGGAA